AACUGUUUGAACUCCUUGUUGAAUAUUGAGCGAAUCCAUUCAUUUAAAAAGAAGCGAAAACUCCACUUGGACUUGGUAACAACAGGAGCGAAAACAACGAAUCCAGCGGGGGUUCGUCUCGCACCGUGCGUGCCAACAUGCUUGCCGCCGUUGUUUUUGCCGUCUGCCUGGUAGCAAUCGCUGAUGGCUUGCCGCUUGAGGAGAGCCAAGGCCAGACAGAGCAAGGUCUAUGCUUGGAUCCAGAGUGCGUGAUUGCAAGCGGGGAAAUACUAAGUGCUAUGGACCCAUCAGCAGACCCAUGCGAUGACUUCUACCGUUACGCUUGUGGAGGAUGGUUGGAUAAGGCCAGUAUACCCGUUUGGUCAACUUCCGCUUCUAUGAGCUUCCAGGAACUUUCAAUCACCAAUUUUGAGAUCAUUAAAGAGAUAUUGGAAUCCAAGGACCCGACGACCAAUACAGCAAUGGUCAAAGCAAGAGACUUCUACGCUUCAUGUAUGGACCUAGAUGCAAUAGAACAAUAUGGUGCCUCACUGUUUGGUCAGUUGAUAUCACAAAUUGGCGGAUGGGAUGUUCUGCGAGACGACUCUGCCGGUUUCAGAGCAGAGACUUACACAACCCCAGAUAACAUCAUUGAUACUCUAGUUACUGUCAGCGAGCACUCUCAGAGUAUACUAUUCAACUCUUUCGUCGGGGUUGAUGACAAAAACUCAUCUAGAAAUAUCAUAUAUUUUACACAGCCAUCCCUGUUUUUAGGUCCAAGGGAAUAUUACCUCGGUGGUCACGAUGAUUUACUGCAAGCCUACCUGAAGUAUGGAGUAACAAUGGCUGUUCUUCUUGCUGGUGACAUGGGAUCGGUUUUAACUGACGACUUUAUCAAUCAAAUACAGCAGGACAUGGAGGAUAUUAUACAGCUUGAAAAACAACUUGCUGAGAUCAUGAUGGCUGGUUCAGAGUUAAGGGAUCCGUUUAAGAGCUACCAUAAAAUGACUCUCAAGGAAUUCAGUGAGACGAUUCCUAUAAUUGAUGUCUUUGCGUACAUGAAAAACCUCUUUGGGAAGGAAAUAUCACCAGAUGAGGAAGUCUUGGUCCCCACCUUAAAGUUCUUCCCCAGAUUGAAUGAGCUCUUGAAGACGUGCAGUGCUUCGACAGUAAACAACUACAUGAAGUGGCAGUUAAUAGCUUCAUUUUCUGCAGCCUUACCGCGGAAAUACAGACAGGCGAAGUUAGAGCUUAAAAGAGUUUACUCAGGGAUCGAAGCUAGUUCUCCCAGAUGGUUAUUAUGUGCGUCUACAGCGAACAGCAUCCUUGGCUAUGCCGUCGGUGCUGAAUUCAUUAAGGAAAGACAUAGCUUUGAGACAAAGGACGAGAUUGAUGGGAUGAUAGAAAGCAUCCGACAAACGUUCAUAAAAAGCCUCCCGAUGGUCGGCUGGAUGGACAAGGCAACCAAGGCAUUGGCUAGGGAGAAAGCCAAAGCAAUCGUGGAUAAAUUAAUCGCUCCAUUGUGGAUCACUAAAGAAAGUGAACUCAAUCAAUACUAUGACAAGCUCAGAAUCACCAAAUUAACGUUAUUGGGUAAUCUUCUUACGGCCAAUAUUUUCUACGGAAAUAUGAACAAAGAAAAGCUAGGCAAACCAGUGGACAAGACAGAGUGGGACAUGACACCAGCCGAGGUGAAUGCUUACUACAAUCCACAAUUCAACCAGAUUGUAUUCCCUGCUGGUAUUCUACAAGUGCCAUUCUACUCUCACAAGUUACCAAUGUCAAUAAAUUAUGGCGCCAUAGGCUGGGUCAUAGGUCACGAGCUCACUCAUGCUUUUGAUAACACUGGAAGGAAAUAUGACGCGAUGGGAAAUUUGCAUAACUGGUGGAAGAACCAAUCAGCCGAGGCAUAUAAGGAGCAUGCGCAGUGCAUUGUGGAUCAGUACGAUGGCUACAUAGGAGCAGAUGACAAUCUUCAUGUGAAUGGCAAACUAACACUAGGUGAAAACAUUGCUGACAAUGGAGGAAUAAGACUAUCCAUCCAUGCCUAUGAGAUGUAUAAGAACCAGCUGAAGGAACCAGAGAAACUACUACCAGGUCUUCAGGAUAUGACACCUGAGCAGCUUUUCUUCAUUGGGGCGGGGCAAACUUGGUGUAAGUUGGCCACGCCUGAACAGGAAGUGUUGCAGCUACUUUCUGAUCCGCAUUCUCCUGGGAAAUACAGGGUGAUUGGAACUUUUUCAAACACGGAAGAGUUCUCGGCAGCCUUCCAAUGCCCCCCUGGAAGCACCAUGAACCCAGAGGAGAAGUGCAGGGUUUGGUAACAAGUAGACAAGUCAACAGGCCUUUUUCAAACCUCAAACCAAACCAGAGCCAAGGAUUGAACAAAGGUCAAAGACUUCCACACAUAAUCAGGCAACAGUGACUAGUAUUCAUCUAAUAAGUUCAUCAACUCAAGAAAAUGUUUAACUUUUUACCUCAAUACAAUUUUUACUACAUCAUCUAUGAUGAAAUUCUUGGGAACUAAAUCUCAGCUAUCUUAAAUCUCAGCCAAGUAUCUUGAGGUUGCUAGGAAAACAUUAUUUGGAAAAUAAGCCGAUAUUGAUUUAGUAGUACAAUUGUGUGUAUAAACAAAAUGGUGAGUACUGACUGGUUCUCAUACAUUCACUACUGACUGGUUCUCCUAUAUUCACUGGUGACUGGUUCUCUGCUAUUCACCAGUAACUGGUUCUCUGCUAUUUACUAGUGACUGGUUCCUUGGUAUUCAAUAGAGACUGGCUUUCUGCUAUUCACAAGUGACUGGUCGUCUGCUAUUCACCAGUGACAAGUUCUCUGCUAUUCACAAGUGACUAGUUCCCUGCUGUUCAAUAGUGACUGGUUGUCUUCUAUUUACCAGUGACAAGUUCUCUGUCGUACACUAGUGACUGGUUUUCUGCUACUUAUAUUUGGGCAAAGAAGUUUGCUUACUCAGCAAUAGUUUCUGCUUUAAUUUUGAAUGAGGUUUUUCAAACAUUUCUUUACAACAAACAGCACAUGUUAUUUCAUACCAUAUUUAUUUUGAUUUUGUUUUCUUCUCAAAUUGUAUUGAGGUCAAAGUCUAACAUUUUUCUCCCAUCAAUGUUUGGCAGAUGGGUUACAGUCUGUAGUGAAAUCAACUGCUUGAUAUAAUCAUGCAUUCUAAAAAACAUUUCAGUUAAAGGCAGUGGACACUAUUGGUAAUUAAUAAAAAUAAUUAUUAUCACAAAACCUUACUUGGUGACGAGU